UCCGAUAUCGGAUCGGUCUAGGUGAGCACAUAGUCCCAGGAAGACAACUUACUUCGUAUCCAACCUGCGUAAGAUGACGUCCCGCUGAUCGUAGCUGUGGGUGACGAGACGACCAGGUCGCCGAUAACAUUCCAGGCCGAGGAUCAUAUUACCAAUCAACUUAAAAAACAACCCCAUUUACCCCUGCCUUUUCGCCUUCUCCUUCUCCCCCACCAUUCCUAUCACUGAAAUACCAAGAUAAAAGAUGGGCGUAUCAGUAUCACGGCUCUACUCGGCCUUGACGUCGUUGUCGUUUUGGGGGAAAGACAAGGAAGUGAGGAUACUGAUGGUCGGGCUGGACUCGGCGGGAAAGACUACCAUCCUAUACCGACUACAAAUCGGAGAAGUAGUAUCGACCAUCCCAACGAUCGGAUUCAACGUGGAGACGGUGACUUAUAAGAAUAUCAACUUCCAAGUUUGGGACUUGGGCGGUCAAUCGAGUAUCCGGCCGUAUUGGAGGUGUUACUACGCCAACACUCAAGCCAUCAUCUACGUCAUCGACUCGUCGGAUACAUCACGCCUACCUACGUCGAGGUCGGAACUGUUGACCAUGCUCAGCGAGGACGAGCUGAAGAACGUGCCCGUGCUCGUGUUCGCCAACAAGCAGGACGUCGAAGGCGCCCUCUCACCAGCCGAGAUCUCGGACAAGCUCGGUCUGGCCGGAGGUGAAAAGGGCAGAGAAUGGUCCGUCCGAGGGAGUUGCGCGACCAAGGGGGAUGGGCUGGAAGAAGGGUUGGACUGGCUGGUACAGACGAUGCAGAAGUAGCAUUGCAGACCACUACGCGGGUAAGGGAGGCGAGACGACAGAACACGGGGAGACGCGGAGAGAGGAGGCAGAGGAUGAACCUUCGUUUGCGGGGGGCCGAGCUUGAGUUGGGCGGGUUGUUUAUCUUGCUGGAUUUGUAUCGACGACGACAUGGUCAUGGCACAUUAGAUUGGGAUUUCGAUAUUAUUAGGCUUUUGCAGUUUGGGUUGGCGUUUCAGACGCGCGGACAUGAAAUCAUUUUUCCCGUG